CGCACUUCCCUUCAGCUCUUCUAUUCUGCUCAUCUGAAGCUGGAGGACGCACGAAGAAACAUGAACGCCCUGAUUCUGCUUUUAUUCAUUCUCCUGAGAUCCAGCUGCUUGUCUGGUUUCCUCAUCGUGCUGACCCCAAAGAGGUUGUGUCUCUUCACCCGAAAUCACGUGGUCUUCCUGGGACACUGUGAUGCCACUAACCCCGGCCAGCAGUGGGCGUGGCUGAGCGGAGCCAGGCUGCUUCACACUCAGUCCUCCCGGUGUCUCUGGGCCGACCCCAGCUCCCAGCUGCCGCGCCAUGCCCGCCUUGCUAAACUGAGCGACUGCAGCACAGCGCCAGCGUGGAGGUGCUACAACACCACCAGAGCAUUUGGAUUGGCUGACACUCACAUGUACCUGAGGAAAAUGGGAUCACGCGUCACGAUUGGAGAAAACCUGCAGGCUUCAAAGUGGAGGAAGUAUGAAGUUGACUCAGGAGGGAAUGAGCUGAUGACGUCUUUAUGUCCCCAAACAGACACUACUUCUGUCUCCACCAUCUUUUAUUCCUCCACACAUAAACCCCUGGGACACUCCAGCACCGUCUACACCAUCACAGGUCCUGCAGUGACCCUCACUAAUGACCGAGUAUCAGACACGGUAAAAACCCACCGCACCACCAGACAAGUCACGGCCUCACAAGCCCACAGUUCAAUAACCGACAGAGCUUCAACGCACAAGAACGACAUCACCAACCCUCGAACCAGGAGGUCCGUCACUACAGACUUCAGUCCUGACGUUUCGACUGCGGUCACGGAGCUGUCAGCUCUAAACGGCAGCCAUGUUGUCUCCUCCAGUCCAGCUGCGUCCACCACAGACCGAUCCUCACAUGAAUCAGAGAGCUCGCCAGAUACAGUGAUUCAGCUCAGGACUGAAGCAGAGACAAUAUCAGAACACAGAGAAGUUUCCACUGCCUCCUCCUCCUCUUCCUUUUCCACCAUGUCCUCCUCCUCCUCCUCCUCCUCCUCCUCCUCCUCCACCUCCACGAUGUCCUCCUCCUCCUCUAUUGGAAAUGGUCCUGGGUCAAAAACUGCAGUUGUGACUCUGGUGUCUUCCCCUUCCUCCUCCUCCUCCUCCUCCUCCUCCUCCUCCUCUAUUGGAAAUGGUCCUGGGUCAAAAACUACAGUUGUGACUGUGGUGUCUUCCCCUUCCUCCUCCUCCUCCUCCUCCUCCUCCUCCUCCUCCUCCUCUAUUGGAAAUGGUCCUGCGUCAAAAACUGCAGUUGUGACUGUGGUGUCUUCCCCUUCCUCCUCCUCCUCCUCCUCCUCCUCCUCCUCCUCUAUUGGAAAUGGUCCUGCGUCAAAAACUACAGUUGUGACUGUGGUGUCUUCCCCUUCCUCCUCCUCCUCCUCCUCCUCUAUUGGAAAUGGUCCUGGGUCAAAAACUGCAGUUUUGUGA